AUGGUGUUGCAUGUGUCACCGGCAGCUGCACCGGUGCCCGUGAAAAAAUGGACACUGCCCUCGAAAGUCCAGGUGUCUUUAUUGAGACCAGGUGAUGGAGAACAUUUCCUUCAGAGGUCAGCAAAAGCUCACCUGGUGGGCCGCUUGCCAUGCGGUUCCAUCUUUGAGAAUACCCAGGGCAAGGGUGGAACCCCCAUGGAGCUGAAGAAAGGGCAGAUCAUUCCAGGCAUGGAACUCGCCAUCCAGGAGCUGUCCUUAGGUUCGAUUGCAGAGAUCAGGAUUCCGUCAGAUUUGGCCUAUGGGAAGAACGGCAUACCUCGUAUAGUGCCACCUGAGAGUGAGCUGAUCUUUGAGAUUCAUAUCUUGGAGGUCGAUGGUCUGCCAUGCGACGAGGACAAAUUAGGCAAGCUAGCCAGACCAGUGGAUCCGCUUGGUCUUGGCCCUGGCGAUUUCUGUCAUCCCUGGUGGCUGGCUAGGGUCCAGCUCCCAAGCCCCCCCGCCUACUACUUGAACUUCUGCGCUCAGACAGCCAAGGGUCGGAAGCCAGUGUUGCUGGAGAACGCCCGGUCUGUGGCAAGAAGAAAGAGCAGUGAGCUGACCAACUUCGAUGUGGGAACUGCUGAUGAACCCUUCAUCAUCACUGACGUGCAAAGAGGAUGGCAAGCAAAUGGGCUUUGGGACCUCAAGUGGUUCGAAGAUCACUUGGGCGACAAACGGCAACUCUUGAAAUGGCUCGGCCCUGUCUUUACACGUCAGGAGUGCCUUUGGGAGGCUCCAGUCUAUGAGACCUCCGUCAGAGAGUACAUCAAAUAUAUGCGGGACUUGGAGCAGAAGGAUCCCAAUUGUGACGAAGAAAAUGCAGCUCAAUGCCCACGGCUUUACCUCAAUGGAUGGCCUGCCUUUGCGCAGUUGCCUUGGUUGCGAAGCUUUGUUCUCCCGGAUGGCGGAAGAGAAGCGGCUUCAUCCAUGCAAGGCUGCAUCGAGGAUCUCAACUUUCUCUUGAUCCGGGAGUCGGAAGCCUUGCGCGAGUCUCUUCUGGAAGGGUUGACGGCCAGAGGCAGCUAUCAACCGCCCGACAAAGCAGAGCAGACGCAAAAGCUGGAAGACGAGGAUUGGGAUUUGACGAAGAUCUUUAUGUCUCCCAAGGGUGCCAUCACUCGCCUUCACUAUGACAAUGGUGGUGCUCAUGCCUGGCUUUCCCAGAUCCAAGGGCGAAAGAUGUUUGUGUGCUUCGCACCAUCAGAUGGCGAGCAUUUGCAUCCUUUCGAAGGCGACGAAGGUCUACUGAACGGUUCUUGGCUCGACCCUUUGGACCCAGACGUCUUUGAGAAAUGGCCGGAUGCAAAGAAGGCUACACCUUACCUUGCAGUGGUGGAAGCAGGGGAGACCAUUGUGGCACCCAAGGGCUGGUGGCAUUAUGCUGUUUCACUUGACAGCUCGGUCACCAUCAUGCGGAACUUCUACAGCACAAGCAAUCAAUGGGAUUUGAUCCGGCGGAAGGAUGGGGGCUUGGCUGGGGCAAUUGCCACCCAUGUCUUGCGGAAGCAGCCCAAGCUCAAGAACCAACCAGACUCGGUCAUCCAAGAAAUCGCACAGAAAACGGUGCUGAAGUUGCGUGUGGCGCCAAAGCACCAGAUGGCCCUGUGGUUCCAUACCUUUCUAGCGUGGCUGGCUGCUGGACAAGCUGCCUUGAUUGAUGAUGUCAAUGUGGUGUGCUCGGUGCCUGAAUCAUACUCCAGAGAGAGUUUGAAGAAGCUCAUUCAAUUGAAUUGCGACAAGGUCAGCAAGUCGGUGGAAGACUUCACCUCGUUAGGGUCGGGGGAAACUGAUCUCGACCGAGGCCUUGUGAUGCUAUUGGGUGAGGAUUACAGCUUAGACAAUUUGCAGUGGCAGGAAAACGGCGAUUUAGCCACUGCCUUGUGCAGACAGGCUGCCAGGAAUCUGGAGCGCACAGAGAGGGAGUUGUGGACGCUUCCAGCCAAUGAAAGCCUUGCACAGACAAGAGAUGCGGCCACAUUGGCGGUGAAUGCGUGGGGUUCUGUAAUGUUGCAGGGCCGGAAGUGCUGCACGUUGCCAAGAGCUCCAUACUGCAUCGACACCAGUUGGUCGGCCUCGACUGUCGCCUUGCUCGUUCCCAUGGCAUGCUUGGCGAUCUUGUUCACCAUCUCGGUGGUCUCAUCAUGGAUCCUCCCGCAGCCCAGUAAAGACACCGAACAAAUGACUGAACGUGAGGAAGUCUUUCAAAGCCGACCUGGAUCUCGCACUCCUCGAGUUUCCUGCCGAAGCGCCUUGAAGAAGGAGUUGGAGCUCGCCUGGUUGGAGAGACAUUGUCUGCGGGUUUUGCCGGGAGCGCCCGACUUUGCCAACUCCACCAGUAGCCUUUUCGGUGCUUUGAAGGAGACCUUUGACUUUCAGGCAGAUAGCGUGCGGAACCAGUUCGAGCAUUUCUUGUCGCUGUGGCGCUCUUCCUGUGCCAUGGUGGCAGAUCGAUCUGUUGGAGUUGGCGCAUCCGUGAACGAAGCCAUUCUACUGCAGGAGGCUGCCGGAGACUUGUACUUUGAGAUGUUGGAUGGCUUCAUUCGCUGGAGAGACAACCUGCGAAAUUAUGAAGCCGCCACAAUGCUGAGUCUGUCGGAGGAUGAGCCGCAUUGCUGCGGAUUAGAGGGGGUGACUUUGCAGAGGCCUCGACCUCUUGGCGGUGCAAAGUGGGAGCCAUUGCAGAAGGAAGGCCUUGAUCCUUCAGCGGCCACAGUGUUGUCUCGUCAACUGGCUGAGAUGGCCACCUAUCUGCUGGUUUGGGGCGAGGCCGGCAAUGUGAGAUUUAUGCCAGAGGCCAUUUAUUUCAUCACAGAGUUGGCUUUGGCCGCCAACCCAUCGGACUUUGAAGAGAUAUACGGCGUAGCUAUCCCUGAGCCCAGUCUUCCUGGAGCCCCUUUUCGGAGCAACUUCUUUUUGAGCAAGAUCAUCCGUCCAAUCUACAAUGUUGUUUUCGAUGAGUGGUAUCAGUAUGUUGACAUAGAUCAGAACAAUCAGAAGGACAAGAAAAAAUUGAAGCCCGGUCUUGAGAACUUUCUCCCUCCGGAUGUUUCUUGGAAGGACUGGAAUGAGUUCUUUUGCGAUCCCAGUCGUAUGGUCGAGGGUUUGUUGCUGCAAGACGGCACACGUCUUUUCGAUCUCCCCCACGAGCGCCGCUUUCUGGCCUUGCCUCGCGUGGAUUGGCAGGUCACCUUAGAGGCAGCGGAGACCAAGACGCAUCGGGAGAUCCACUCCUUGUGGGGCGUCUUCGCCACGACGCAUCGAAUAGUUCUCUUGCAUUUGAUCCUUUUCUUCUCCGGUGUUUGUGCCGUAGCAGGAGACGCAGAGCCGUUGGAUGGGCAACAGCCGUUGUUGGGGAUCAGUGGCGGAGUUCGCUUCGCUGCUGUGGCCCUGGUGGUGCCCGUUCAUGCUCUAUUGUGGGCCUGCGCACGGUGGCAAGUCACAGGACGUGUCCUACGUUUGCAAGCGCCGUUGGCCUGCGCGGGACGAAGCCUUUGGAAGGCACUAUGGUGGAUGCUGCCAGUUCUGACUUAUGCUGGCAUUCGAGACUCCGCACUGGGCGAGGAUAGCCAAUUCGGUUUGCCUUUGGCACCCCUCCUAGUCUUGCACUUUGCGCUCUCGGGCACUGGAUUGGCCUAUUUGCUCUUUGUGCCCUCCGGGUCCUGCAUCAGAAGUUGCGGAAGCAAUUCCGAUCAUAUGUGGGAGAUGAGUCCCGUGCCGUUAACGGCGCGGCUGGUACGAUACUUGUUUUGGUUCGUGCUCUUUUCCGUGAAGUUCAUCUUGGGCUUGAUCAUUUUCCGCGCAAUGUACGAGGCCACAGUGGAGUUGCAGAUCGCGCUCCCGGGACGGGAGUCCGUCUCGGAGCUGUCCAGGAUCUACUACAGCACGGAAUGGGGCUCUGACUUCCUUCUUUGGUUCGUACUUUGGUUCACCACCUUGGUCCUCUUUAUUUCAGACACGCAGCUUUGGUUCACCUUGUUAUGCUCCAUCCUGGGCGUCUCCACCGUGCUAGUACAGCGCGGAUGUCGUUGCUUCACCUGGGCUUUGGAGGACUCGGUGGCCAAACUCCCCGAGCGCUUCUCCCGGAAGGUCUUGCCCUACUCCUUCGCCGGAUCGGAGAGUCGCGUGGGUGAGCAGGUGGCGCACUUUUCCCCCUACUUCCCGGCGAUUUGGGACCGGAUCCUCGAAUACAUGCGCUACGAAGACAAGAUAGACAACCAUUUAAUGGGGGACUUGUCCUUCAAAUCAGGCGAGUCUGGACAUCAAGUCUAUUGGAAACAGCUGCGCCAGCCUUUGGCCAAGCGGCGCACGCGGGAGCCCGUGUCGCCGGUCUCCCCACCGGCCACUACUGUAGCCUUCACAGAGGACACGCCAGGCGCCAUGGGCAGCGCCAUGGGCAGCGGCAUGGGCAGCGGCAGUUACACUGCCACUACAGUGCCGGAGAAGAUCUCCUUGCCAUCAGGGAAGCCCAGGAGAAAAAUCAAGGUGCCAGACAUCUUCCGAGAGAAGACGGCUUUCGAGGUCGGUUUCAAAACAUAUUGCUGCAUGCAUGAUGCCCAUUGGCCAAACAAUGCAGACGUGCAAUGGCGGCUUUUGGCCUUGUCUCGAGGACUUGGACUUCCAAUGCCACGGCCCUUCCGCGCACCUUACUUCCCUGGUCUCACCGUAUGUAUUCCACAUUAUGGCGAGUCGAUCCUGAUGUUGAAGAAGGAGCUAUUUCAGGGCCGAGAGGAGAAUGUACCUCUUAUGGACUGGCUGGCCGCCAAGUAUGAAGAGGAGUUCUUGACCUUCUCCAACCGGAUGCAGGUCAAAUGGGGCGACAGUGGAUGGCCUGUGCAAGGAAGCCAAUGGGAGGAGUAUACAGAUCAGCAAUGGAGCACCAUCAGCGCAUGGGCUUCUAUGCGCAUGCAGACGCUUUGGCGUACAGUGGCCGGAAUGUGCCUAUACCACCCAGCUUUGCAAUGCCACUGGGAGGUCCAGGCCGACCGGAAGAGCAGUUUGGCGAAGCCAGGAAUCUGGAAUGCCAGCGAUUGCUUCACAUGCUUGGUUUCAAUGCAAAUGUACAAGUUUUUUGAUCAGACGCAGCUUGAGCACACCAACAGGAUGUUUGCGAAGUUCCCAGACUGCCUGAAGGUGGCCUUUAUUGACUGUGAGGACAAAGGUAUCACGGCGGAGUUGGACCUGGUCCAUCCAAAGCAGAAGCGCCGGUACUACAGCAGCCUCAUUGAUGGUGCGUGCGAAGAUCUACCAACAGGCUUGAAGAAGGCGAAAUUCCGAGUGGAGCUGCCUGGGUAUCCGAUCUUGGGCGAUGGAAAGGGAGACAAUCAGAAUCAUGCGAUACCCUUUAUGCGAGGCGUCUUCACACAGUGCAUCGACGCAAACCAAGGGGCUUACUUUGAGCAGAUGAUGCUGCUGCCGUGUGCACUUGGCGAAUUCCGCUCGAAGAAGAGGGGUGACAGCCUCUCCAAGCGCAUCGUCGGCUUUCCAGAGCACAUCACCAGCGACAUUGGUUCCAUCGGAGACUUUGCUGCUUCUGCCGAAGUGGCAUUUGGAACCAUUCUACAACGAACCUACGCUGUCCUGGGUGCACGGAUGCAUUAUGGCCAUCCCGAUAUCAUGAACAAGUUAUUCAUGAUGCAGCAGGGUGGCGUUUCCAAAGCCACCAAGACAGUCAACCUGUCCGAAGACAUUUUCGCAGGAAUGGACUUCACUUUGAGAGGAAACGGGCGGACCAUCAAGCAUUCAGAAUACUUCCACCUGGCCAAGGGCCGGGAUCUGGGCUUCAACACUGUGCUUGGAUUCUUUUCCAAGCUCUCGUCCGGCACAGGUGAGCAGGUCCUCACGCGCCAAGCCUUUCGUUUGGGGCAAGUGCUCCAUUUGCCCGAGGCUUUGACCUUUUACUAUGCACAUGUGGGAUACUACUUUACGCAACUCUUUGUCUCUUGGAGUAUGCCCUUGCUGGUCUUCGUUUGGCUUUUGGUGCUUUUGGCAGAUGAGGUCCGUGAUGGCAUUUUUGAGGCCUUCUUGAAUCUGGAGCAGGUCCAGAUGACCUCAGCGGAAGUCAUGGCAAAGACCGUAGGAGUUUGGUUCUCUUGGUUGCUUCUGCUCUUCUUGAUUGCGACGUCGCUUCCUUUGUUGGCGGAGAUGUGGAUGGAACGGAAUCUCAAGGUCGCCUGCGAGCGCUUUUUCAAGCAGAUGCUCACACUUUCCCCGCUCAUGUUCAUUUUCCAGGCCAAGAUCAUUGGGCACUAUGUCAUCAACGAGAUCCGCUACGGCGGUGCCACCUACGUCUCCACGGGCCGAGGACUCCCAACGGAUCGGCGGCCCUUCAUCGGCGAAGCGGUCCCGGGCAAGUUUCAGCUCAAACGGCUUGGUGGUUUGUACUUGGACUAUGCCUCCAUUGCUUACUAUGAUGGAGUCACUCUCCUGGCUGGCGUCAUUCUCAUCUACUUGGCUGGAGGAGUAUCAGGUGCUGGUGUGUAUUCCAGUGAUGUGUGGUGGGUCUUCAUUUGCUUGUUCCUCACUGUGGCUUCUUGGCUUUGGGCGCCCUUUAUUUUCAACCCGUACCAGUUUGUUUGGAAGCAUUUCUGUGAGGACUUUCGCUGCUUGGUGGCCUUCUUUUUGGAGGACAGUGGGAGACACUGGGUGGAAUGGUACGAUCGGACUCAGUUGAAGCCCCGGAGUGGUGGCCUUCAUCGAUCCAUGGUGGACAUCACGUUUGUGGUUGCGGUCUUUUUCUUGGCGGCUUGGUAUGCCAUGAUAAACAUGAAGAUCGAUGCGCUGAUGCUGGCAUACUCAGGGGCCCUUUCGAGUAACAUGCUGCACAUCGCAGCUCUACUGCCUCCGAUCGGUGCUUCCUUCACGUACUGCCUGCUGGCGGUCUUCUUCGAAUCCCUGGUGGGCUGCAGCAGCAUCUUGCGUCGACGCAUGCGGCCGAACCGCACACCGAAAGCUCCAGGGAUCACAAUGCGCCUUGGCACCAUGGCGACAAAAGCCUUGGGAGGCCGCAGCGAAGCACCGGUUGAAGCUCCCGCCGAUGAAGAGGCUCCGCAGGAGCCUGGACUGCCUGGGUCUCGCGAGAUGACCACGGCCACCGAGGAAGAGGAGGAGGUUCCGCAUGCAACUGCGCAGGAUCGUGAAGUGGCGGCAGUGGCACCAGCACUGCCAAGCACGCGCCCGGAAGCUGCUCCCAGGUGGUGUGAGCUUGGAAUCCCGCUCACAUUUUCAGCGUGGACAGUGACGGUACUGGAUUUGGCGGAAGCAGUCUAUGCCAUCUAUGUCUUUGUUGCCAUCGGAUGGCGGAAUGCCUCUGUGGCCGGCUUUAUCCUGAAGUGGGGCCUCCUGAUGAUCUGCAUCUUCUUCGGUGAAGGCAUGCUGAGGGCACGUUGUUGCAACAUCUUGGGAUGCUGUGGGCUGCCUUUGCAGCUUUGGGUCAGGGCUCACCGAAUGGCACGUGAUAUCAUCGUGUCAUCCAUAAUUUUCUCGGUCAUGGUGCCAUUUGUGGUGCUCAAUAGCAUAAACGACUAUUUUUGUCCUGGCUGCAGUGCACAUCAGCUUCUCAUCUACCGAGAUCCAGGGCAUUUGGCCCGUGCAGAGGCAGUUCCGAAACUGUUGGUGACUUUUCAACAUGGAUUCCAUGGGCAGAAACACCUGGAUGAAGGCUGCUUUUUGCCUCGCAGUUGUUGGACCACAAAGAGCAAGAACCGCCAGCGUCGUGGAACCACGAAUGCCAUCUUCAGAUCCAGUGCUGUGGUGCAAGAGUCAACGUUCUACGUCUUGAAUCCAUUUGGACACUUCCGGAAUUUUUGGGACUUUGUUGGCAUCAUUUUCCUGAUCUUGGAUUCCAUCAUUUUGCCAUUGCAAUUUGUGAACGACGAGCUCUACUCAACCUACCCCUACCUCGAGGUGAAUGCCCGCGUUGCAGUUUUCUACUGGCUUGCGGACAUCAUCCUUUCCUUCUUCACCGGCUACCUGGAGAAGGUAACUUUGAUACAAGAUAAUCGAAAGAUCAUCAUGCGCUACUUGCGAACGUGGUUUGUCCCAGACCUCAUUGUCACGGCAAUUGAUUUGGUUCUGGAGUUCUCCAAUGGUGGCGACACAGAUCGUGCCAGCACACGGAUUUUGAGGCUUCUGAGGCUCUUUCGUGUGGUGCGAUUGGGCAAGCUAACUCGCUUCGCUGUGUUCCUUCGAGACACCUGCGAGACUCAGGUGGCGUCUAUUCAAUUCAGUUUGGUGAUCAUUAUGACCGGCAUGAUGCUCCUCGAGCACGUUCUUGCUUGCGGUUGGUUUGGGGUUGGCUACUAUGAUUCGGCCAAUGGCAGAUCAUGGCUGCAAGAGAACAAUCUCAAGGAGGAAACCUUCUACAAGCAGUACACAGCCAGUUUGAGAUGGUCCUUCUCACAGCUUGGCAUUGGUGGAACAAACAUUGAAGCGACCAACGAACGGGAAGGAACAUACAGCAUUGCAGUUUCAGUGAUCUCUUUGGUCACAUUCUCGACGAUUGUCAGUGCAAUGACCUCCUUGGUGAGCGCUUUGCAAAGUCAGCGGAUGGAGGAGACCCAACAAUUUGGUCUACUUCGCCGGUUCUUGCGGAUCAACAAUAUCCCAGAAAACCUCAGUGGACGAAUCACACGUUUCUUGCAGUACACUUACCACCAGCGAGAGAAGAACGCCCGUGAUCCUUACAUCCUGGACUAUCUCUCCAAAUCGCUCCAGGCUGAGCUCGAGUUCGCUCGAUACCGAGAUUGCCUCUCCCAGAUGAAUUUCCUCGAGCAGCUGCUGUCUGGUGAGUCCACGCAAGAAGAUCAGAUUGUGCAGACAUUGGCGCAGAGAGCAAUUGCCGUGCUGGACUCUGCAGAAGAUGAUGUGGUGUUUUGCAGCGGCUUUGAAGCUGAUGCAACCUAUUUUGCCCUUGAUGGUGCAUUGUGCUAUGUCCGGACGGGGCACUGCCCCUGUGAUGUGUCUCGGCAGUGGAUUUCUGAGAUGUGCCUUUGGACGGAGUGGUCCCAUGUCGGCGACCUUUCAUCCAUCAGCUUUGCGAAGCUGGUUGCAAUCAAUGUGGAGGAGUUUUGCAACAUCAUUCGGAGUGCUGGAGAUGUGCAGG